CAGAUCCAUGCCAUCUUCAUUUGCGAUGCCCGUCCAGUCAAAGAUAAAGAAUUUCAUCCUAUUGUGCGCAUGAUGUCGGAUUUCUACAGUGUACUGGACGAGCACUCCAGGCCCCGUAUCCUCGCUUGUAUUUCUGGGCAAUUCUAUUUCGACGCCACAAUGAUGAAGCUAGAAGAGACCUUGAAAGCUGUAGUAUUUGGUGUCUCCGAUGAAACCCGUGCCGACUUAUUAGCCAUUCCCGAUCGUCCUCAUGAAGCAGUUGUUUUCUUCGAACAGCCUUCUAAACACCCAUACACACUUCUUUACAAGCAGCUGCGACAAAUGGACAAGGAAGGAACUUCAAUGUAUCGUCAUUUUUCCGCAGCGCGGCACGCCCUCGUCGAAGUAGGUUCUUGCGCUUCUGACUUGGUAUGGCGCCGUGCGCUUGGCGACAUCGACACAGCAAACAUUUUAGCUCAUGACGAAGACGAAGGAGCCGAAGACGAGGACACUCUCGAUUCUGAAACCUCACAGGCCAGAGCUACUGCACAAAUACGAAGCCUUCUGAGGAAUUGGACGUUUGCGAUGCCCAACCUGGACCCCUCAUCAAGAGGCUUCAAUGUUUCACCGAAGUUCUUGAAAUUAGUGAACAUUUUGAGAACAUGUCAGCCAUAUGGGGACACCUUCCGAGGGAUCGUGUUUGUUCAGAAACGAGCAGUCGCUUUGGUGAUGGUUGACCUUCUGCGCACGUUGGACAUGGCGUAUAUUCGACCACAUGCCCUCGUAGGGGGACCGACGGCAAAUCUUCAAGCUCAAUCUGAUAUCAUACAUGGAUUCGGCAUGGGGACAUACAAUUUGCUCGUCGCCACUAAGUGUGCUGAAGACCUUGAUCUGCCGAAGGCGUCUGUCGUCGUUCGAUAUGAUAUUUUUGAGAGCCAGGUAUCAUAUGCAUAUAGUCGUGCUCGGACACGUGGACGUGAAAGUCAUCUCGUCCAUAUGUUGCAGAGAGGAAACGAUACCCAUCGACGCAUCUUAAGACAAGUCACUCAAUUUGACAUGGCGCUCCAGGUAUGGGCUGAAAGGGUCGCGAAUAGUCCUCGUGGUGCUGUCCCUCCGAGGGUACUUCAUGAGACUCAUGACCCAUACCUUUCCGAAAGCGAGGAUGAGGACGGGGACGAGCCGGAAAGCUAUAUCAAGGAUCCAACUACGAGUGGUCGUAUCCGCCUCCAGGACGCUACUGGGAUCAUCUACCGCUUUGCAUCAACUUUGAGCGACUGCGAUGAUGAGGCCGCUGGGACACCUUUAUUCGAAUUCGAGGAUACGGUCCAAGAAACUAGCGGUCAACCGCAAUUCAUCUGUAGCGUGGGCCUCUCUUCGGAAAUUCCUAUUCCCCACAUUCGUGGCCCCUCAUGCGCCUCUAUAUCACAAGCCAGACGUGCUGCUUGCUUUCAAACGUGCCUGGCGUUGUUCGACAAAGGAUUACUUGAUUAUCACUUCUUCCCGCAACCCCUUCAUUCGGUGACUAGUCGGCGACGAGCUCCUGAAAUUCUGGGUAGCUCCCAGAAUAAAUUAAACGGCACGCGCUCUUACCCACGGAAACAACCGGAUUUCUGGUCAAAUGGCAUGCUACCGAGCUCCAAACUCAAUCGCUUGUAUCCUACCAUCCUUACCACCGACCAAUCUUUCAAUUCUAGCGAAGUAUAUAGCCCAAUGAUUAUUCUGACACGACUCCCCCUUCCCAGUCUAUCAAGUUUCAAGCUCUUCGAUUCGGGUGUUGCCACGGACGUACAUCUUAGAAGAGGCGCUGCCUUCGAAAUAGAUGAAGAACGGCUAUACGAUCUCUAUCGCUAUACAAUUCGGAUAUGCAGGGCCCUGCUCAACAAGCCAUUUGUGUGCCCACUCGACCGUGUGCCGUAUUUCUUCGCGCCUAUCAAAUCUUCAUGGAAUGAUCUUCCGGAUAGUAACAGGGCCCGAUGGAAUUUGUCUAGUGUUGUUAAUGAAAUCCCGUGGGACCUUGUUGCGCUCGCUGCUAGGGACUGGGUGGUACCGCUAAGGUCCGGAUCUGUGCAGUCCAUAUCAGACGACAUGCAGAAUGCUAUUAUUCAGGAUAGAUGGGUGGAGUUCACAAGGAGGUAUUAUGCUAUCCAGGUGCGACCUGAUUUGACACCGCUCAGCAAACCGCCGGACAGUCAGCGUGAGGAAGAUUACGACAAUCUAGUAGAGUACUGUAAAGAACACCGCAAGGGUUUCAUCGGGCUUAACGACUACGGGCAGCCUUUGAUUCAAGUCGAUCGUGUUCCACCGGUGAUGAACCGUUUAAAUCCUAUGAUCAAGACCGUGAGUACACCGACAAAGCCACCUGCUAGAUACCUAAUUCCCGAACUGUGCGCCAAAUUCACAAUCCCAGCAAGUACAUUCCGGACCGCCCUUUUACUUCCAUCGAUCAUGCGAAGGAUCGAUGACCUUCUACUGGUCAAGGAACUCAAUGCGUCACUGUUUGACCAUUCCAUUUCUGAACAUCAAUUGCAUGCCGCGAUCUCUGCCCCUUCUGCAGGGCUUCAGUUCGAUUAUGAACGCCUCGAGCUUCUUGGGGAUGCAUACUUGAAAUAUCUAUCGUCUAUCUAUCUAUUUGUGACUAACCCCUCGCAACAUGAGGGCGCGCUGCAUUCUGCAAGACUGCGCAUCAUCAGCAACAAGGCAUUGUUACUUAAUGCUGAUCGAGCAGGUUUACCUCCCUUCAUUCAGGCAAAACCCUUUGUCUCCAAAUUAUGGCAGCCACCAAACUUCGAAGUCCUCCCACCCCCUCAGGUCCACGCGGACCCCCCCAGAGAAGAGGACAAGAGCCGAAAAGAUAUUGAAGACGGAGCGCCUCUGAUAACAAUUAAACCGCGCGGUGAGAAUGAAAGCGCCAGUAGUUUGGUACCGACAGAAGGGUCUGCGUGGGAUGGUAGCACUUUGCCAGCGACCGUUCCGGGCUACCGCUCGAAGCGAAAAAGGCAGCAAGAGGAACAGAAUAUCCAUUGGCUGGGCGAUAAGGCCGUAGCAGACGUCGCCGAAGCUAUCGUUGGGGCAGCCUAUGUCACGGGUGGUCGCGAAGCCGCGUUGAAGGCGUCAAAGGCUCUCUGUAUUGCGGUCCCCCGUGUCGAUCGGUGGUCUGAUUUCGGAAAGAAGGCACUCGCCCCACCUCCUGAUGUAACAGCCAAAUUGCGGCCAGGCUCCAUACAGGCUGUGGAGAAAAUUAUCGGACACAAGUUCCAGCGCCCCCACAUCCUUGCCCAAGCUUUGACGCACGCAUCCAUACAAGGCUAUGAAAUGACUUGUUACGAGCGGUUAGAAUUCAUCGGAGAUGCGAUUCUCGACUUUCUGGUCAUCCGCCAUAUAUUUGACCGAGAUACGCAAUUGUCUCCCGGUGCACUUACGUUAUUGAAGGGUGCCAUGGUGUCUAAUUCAGCGCUUGCGGCUGUCUGCAUCCAAGCCGGAUUACACGAGCACCUCAUCUUCGAGUCAUUCACAUUGGCAAACAACAUCCAGUUCUAUGCAGAAAAUCUCAAGGCGAAGCAAGCCGAAGAAUAUCAGGCAGCCGUCAACGAAGACAGAAUGCCCGGUCAGUACUGGCUGGAAGUCGAACCACCAAAGGCACUGUCGGACGUCGUGGAAUCAAUCAUUGGUGCCAUCUACAUUUCUGACAACUUUUCCCCGCGCGGGGUGGAGAUAUUCUUUGAUAACGUUCUGAAGCCGUUUUACGACAUGCACAUCACACUAAAAACGCUCUCACAUCAUCCGACGAAGAUCCUUUUCGAGCUCUUCCAAGCCCAAGGAUGCCAGCUCUUCCAAAUGGUGAAAUCUAAGACCGUCGAUCAACAAUACACACGCUGUGACGUUGUGGUACACGAUAUUAUUCUGGCUAGCGCUGAUGAUUCUACGUCGGCUUUGGCUGCGAAGCGGGCGUCAUAUAGAGCCUUGGACGCCUUGGAAGGCGACUCUGACUUCAUGACGCGCACAUGUGACUGUAGGGCUCUGAACCUGGCUAAAAAAGCGCAAAAGAAAGGCUUCAAAGAAGCGAUGGCAGAUUUCAGCGACGCAGAGGAGAACGACGAGGACGAGGACUUGAUGGCCGUAGAGGGCGCUUUGGCUGAGGAAGCUAAUGGAGAAUCGGAGGAAGGAGAAGUCUAA